AUCACUACACGACUAAAACAUAUCCAUCGAUUAUAUGACGUAUUGAUGAAUGCAGGGUCAUGACACGGAAUCAUUUGGUUUGUGCGUGGCCAGUCAGUCGGAAACGAGGGCAGUCGGGAUUUUACAGGAGAAAUGGCGACCUGUCCGAGGGACUUCUAUAUGGAUGGAAAAUCUGGAAAGUGUCAGUCUUGUGCUGAGCUGUGCCAUCAAGCCGAAGUUAGGGGAACUGUCGAACUUUGCACCAACCUUUGUCCAGUGUCUUCAGAUAACUCUGUUCCGGAGGCUUACAUUGACACGGCUACAACCACCAGUGCAACUGAGGCAGCAGUUAUUGCACCGAUCGAUGAUGAGAACCUGAUACCAGAGGGGGUGGUCAUCACACUGGCAGUGGUCAUCAUCCUAGUGUCCCUGGCGGCCUUGGUCAUCCUACUGUUCUGUGAAAGAAUUGAAAAACACGCAAGCCAUCGGAGAGGGCUGGAUGAGGACGUGGAACCGUCGGUUACCCUGAAUAGCGUCCCUGUGAAUCUGCAUUGA